AUGCGGCCACUGAGAGCCGCAGGCGUCUCUCGCAGAAGUGCAACUGCCUGCUUGCACACUACGGCGCCAUCGCUGGUUCGGCUACAACGGCCGCGUGUUCACGAAAAGAAGAGGCCGGCAGAACCGCUAGUCCCAUACUCAUGGCGGCCCUUCGAGGUGCCAGAGGUGGUUCUCGACCUGGACAGCUGGGACAACCCAAUCGCACGGCCGUACGAUAAAGAUGAGAUGCAGACUCAGAGGAAGAAAUGGGAGCAGAACUCCAUUGUCGACGCCACGUGGCAACGGAUCAAGCACUUUGAGUAUGAACGCCAGCGUGACAGCGAAAAGUUUGCCAAGGUCAGCGUCAGCCAUCCUUGGUAUCAGCACUGGCAGGUCACAGAUCUCGACAUUAUGACGGCCGCUCUGAAAGGCGACUCGCGAGUCGGUCCGCAAACCCAGAAUCGCCUAACGGAGGAAAAACCACAUCAGAAUGAUGCUUGGUGUGAUCUGAAGUCGGUUGCUUCGAAGAACGCAAUUCCAUUGACCUCGCUUCGAGACGAUAAGAACUUCUUGAGCUGGUUGCUCCAACGAAGGCCCACCACGGCUUCUUUACCACUAAAGCGCCAACGGGAAACUCGAGCAUUUAUUCGACGACUGGAAGAUCUCCAGAGCCUUCAGCGCUACCUGCAGUUUCUACUUCAGCAUGGGGAGAAGGGGUUUCAGCUCAUUCACAACGCGGAUCGGGAUAUUGCUUUUGUGUUAUCUCGGCUCCUCACCAAGCCACCCAGGUUACGGCCCUUCGUCGACCUCCUUCCCUUUAUCAACAGCAUCUUUGCUCUCCAGAGACAGCAUGGUCUACCUAUUAGUCCUGGUCUCUGUGGUAUCUGCCUGAUCAUCUCGGCCAAGGCGUUUCAGCUGCCGGCAGUAUCGAGAUAUCUCAAGCUUGGGCUGAAAGAGGGUCACUGGGUUGGUGAGGGCUCAUCUGCUUCUGAUGUCAAGACUGCGGUCAAGGCGCUUAUUCGAUGUUGGGACAACAAGAGGCGCUUCCCAGAUGUGGACCGUUCUGGAGACAUAGUUCGCCGUCUACUCGGAGAGGGUUUGGGGGAGGACAGCGCUGCUUCCUUCAAGGUCGUUGCGCAUCACCAUCCGGAGGACGAAGGGUUGAAGGAACAGUUGGCGGUGUUGUUACAUCGCGUUGCUUCCGCCCCAAAAUACCCUCCGUCUAUGCAUAGGACACCUCAUGUCUUGGCGGAACAAACCUCCUUUGACAGCGCCUCUCCCCAUUCAGCCCUGUCAUGCCUGCAUGCGAACGCGGACUCAAAUGCCAUGUGGCUUGCUGAAGUUUCCAGCCCAGAGGAGACUAGUCUCGAGCAAGCUGAACCAAGUCCCGCUAAUCCUGCCAGCCCAUUGGGUCUACAGUCCAAGUCAGGACAAGCCAAGCUCAAGCGCUUCCCUAUUCCGAACCGCCCUGGGGUUACCGCAAAGCCUCGUAAGCUCAGGCAUGAUCUGCUCUACCUCUGGAUUGAACUUCAGCAGGAGACCAGAGCAACAGGAACCUGGUCCGCGGAUAGAUCAGGAUCGACAUACCGCUGGCGGGAAGAUAACACGGAUCGCGGAUCACCGCACAGAAUGGCAUUCUCUAGCCCCUUGUUGACGGUUUUGGCCCUGGCCUUGCUCCCGGCAUCAACUUUGGCGCAGAAUGAUCCGGUCAACGACUUUUGCCGUCGCUUUGGGCACCAGACCGCUGUCGUCGAUAACAAGCUCUUUAUCGAUGGCGGCCUUGUGAAUUGGAAUCCACUUUCAUCUUUUCCAGCCAACUACUCAAAUACAUGGCUUCUAUACCAAGAUCUGUCUUCAUCUACGGCUUCGGGGAUGCCCCCCCUUUACGCCAAUCUCUCCAAGAAUGGAUCAAUUCCUAACGUCGCCGGCGGUGCCCUUUGGUCUGACAAUGUCAACAAGCGACUCUAUCUGUUUGGCGGGGAACGCAAUGCAGGGGAAUCGCCCAUGCCCUUCAACCUAUACGGCUAUGAUAUCCUGAAUAAUCAAUGGGAUUCUUUCGGCCCAUCUCGUACGGGGGCUUCGAUAUCAAAGGUUAGCUACGGCGCGGGAGUCUCGGUCGAUACGCGCGGCGAAGCAUAUUACUAUGGUGGAUGGUUGAGCAACGCCUCCGUUCCUGGAUGGGGCACUGGUCCGCCAGUCGCAACGACCGGCUUGGUGAGAUACACCAUGGAUACCAAUAGCUUUGCCAACAACACUGGUCCUGACAAUGUACGACGCGCCGAGGGCAGCCUGCAUUACAUCCCCGCGGGAGACGGCGGAAUGCUCAUCUACUUUGGGGGCAUACAGGAUCUGGCUGGCAAUGGAAGUUCUACCAUUGGCCAGCCCAUGGACCAGAUAUUCAUAUACGACGUGCUCAGCAGCAAGUGGUACACGCAGAAAGCCUCAGGUGAUGUUCCUGGAAUGCGACGACGAUUCUGCGCGGGCGUAACUUGGGCAGGAGACCAGUCGUCCUACAAUAUCUAUAUGUACGGCGGCGCCAAUGUUCCAGGCGUGCUGGGCGCGGGAUUCGACGAUCUCUACAUCCUCUCGAUCCCAACCUUUACCUGGAUCAAGAUGUACCCCAUCGGCCGCAACGGGACAGGAGACUACCCUCACCAUUCAAUGUCCUGCAACAUCGUACCUGGCCGUGCGCAAAUGAUCAUCUCGGGUGGCACGUUUCCGCUCUCCCAAGACUGCGAUUCACCCGGGCAGUGGGGAACCCACAACGCGGACCUCGGGAAACAGAAUGCCGGCAAGGUUGUCUGGGAGUUAUACAAGCCCAACAAGACAACAUACGCCGUACCGGACGAAGUCAUUGCCGUAGUAGGAGGCAACGGCAACGGCGGCGCUACAAAAACUGCACCGGCGGCUGGUUUCGACUACACCGACGUCAGCCUCCUCAUCACGCUCACGGCCAGUAUUCCGAGCCGUACGCCGACGAGAGAUGUCGGCAGUACCGGUACUCCUGCUCCCACAGGAGGCCUAUCUACAGGUGCCAUCAUUGGCAUCGCGAUAGGAGCUGCAGUUCUAGUUGGCGCCAUCGCCUUGGGAUGCUUCUUCCUGGUCCGUAAGCGUCGGUCAGACCGAUUCCACACCGGAGCAUCGCCGCCAGGACCAAGCCACGUAUAUCACGCCCAGAGCAUGUCAGAAGCGUGGUCACCACCCGCGGCAUCGCCUUACUCACCACCAUACGGACCUUCUCCAUUCACGCCUCCUCCCCUGUCCGCACAUCCGCAAUCACCGCACCCAAUGUCCGCGCACACGGUGCCGCCGCACAUGGGCCCGCCGAUAGAGCUGCCUUCCGAGCCGUCAUACACGACUACACCAGCGGCUCUCGCGGGCACGACGACGCUCACAAACAUAUCGUCCACGGCGUCGUACCCGCCGCAGCAGGCGUACUUCCCUGAGACGACGACGCUGCUAAAUCGGCCGCAGUACGACGCCCACGGCAACAUGUGGAUGCCGCAGGUGAGCAUGGUGCAGGUCGCCACCGGGGUGAGCCCGCCGUUGCCCGAGUACACGCCGGCGAGGGGCGACCAGAAGACACCGCAGCCGACGGCGGCCGAGGUACGGCACGAGCCGCCGCCGCAGGAGCCGCAGGAGCUCAGUGCGGACCCGGAUGAUCGUGCGGAGAUGAGUACGAGGCAGGAACAUCAGACGUACUAUAACAGAUGA